AUGGCCGCCAAAGCAGCAACAUUCGCAAUCGUCGAGCUCCUCGAACUCAUUCUCGUUAACUCGCCACUCGGAUCCAUCUUUACUGCCACUCAAGUCUGCCGAACCUGGCGCGAGACUGUCGAACGGGCCCACGCCCUCCGCCGCCGCCUCCUUACCGAUCAGCUUCUCGAUGGCGGCGACCUCCUGCCGCUGCACAUGCUCUCGAUUUCUUGCAACUCCCAAGGUCUCCAUACGCAUGACUCAUAUCUUCGCACCACUUCCGCGGGCGGUCAUUUGCUGCUCCACAUUGGUCCAGACGACAAGCUGCUUGUUCUCUUCGCGCCUAGUGGUGGUGAACAGCAGCUGAAGUUUCUCGACAUUGAACGUAGUCAAGCGGCAUAUAGUCAGCAUCACCCAUGGCUUUGGUCACUCAGCUUAUUCGGUGAUGAUGGUACGCUAGUCACUCGUAAGGCCCUGAGGAACAAUGGAAUAGAUGUCUACAUCCGGAAGGUUCUCCAGUAA